GGAGGCCCUGUCUCCCCCACGGAGCUGUGAGAUAAUGCGAGUCUGGAAAUUUGUUCCACUUCGGAGGACCUCCGCCCGCUGUGAUUUGUGGCUCUCCCGACUGCUUUCUCCCCGAGGUUAGCGCAGUUGCCCCAACAGAUCCUGCAGAGCCCCUGAUCCUCUGGUCCUCAACCGCAGACGCCAGGACAAUCCUGCCGGGCGCUGGAGUCGAGUGGAAGCCAGACAUGGCUGGCAUUUAGAGCGAGGCAUCUUCCCUGAAAUUACGAUGCCAACGGGAUAGGGAGAAAGCCUCCGGCCGAGGAUUAGCCGACCCAAGAUAAAGGGCCCCCUCGCUACGAAGUUUCUGCUACUGGAAUCGAUUAGCCCCUUCCCAUCAUUACCCACUGGAAAGAAGAGAGAGAGAGAGAGAGAGAGAGAGAGAGAGAGAGAGAGAGAGAGAGAGAGAAGAUUCCAUCUUAACUGGCAGUCAGUGACCUCUCAGGCCCAAGCGAAUUACCUGGGAGCCAGGCCUGGAUGCCAAGCCCACACAAUUACUUCGGAUUAUAAAUCCUUUAAAUUGAUCAGCAGUCAGCUCCAAUCUUGUACUGCAAAAGAUGCAUUUUAAACGGAGGCAGGGGGGCAACUGUUUUGCAACUGGUAACUAAGUCAAAACAUGCGACUCCAAGCCGGGGGAAAUACGGUCCUUUUACUCCAAUUGAAUGACCGUUCCUAAACAAUUUAGAAAUCAAACUCUCCCAGGAAGCUGGGACUUUUUUGUUUUUAUUCUCUUGUGGUUUUUUUUUUAUUCUGUAUUUUAUUGAGGCAAAUUAAAACGAAGGAGGAGGAACUUUUGCUAAUCUGAAUUACAUUAAUAGGUACUCUUACAUUCUAAACUAGCUAACAAGCAAAUAAUCUGAUUUUAAGAGAUCUCUGCAUCCUUUUUAGACCAUUAAUCACAACUAAAGAUGUUUUGACCACCUAAAAAGCACAUACCAAUAAUUUCAGAGAAACAAAGCUCAUCACCAAAAUGAAUUGAGCCUUUACUUUAGGUUGGUGGGGUUGACAAUGAGCACAGUACUCCAAUAAUCAAAGUUUAGGUUGUUGUUGUUUUUUUUUUUUUAAAGUAGCCACUUCACUUAUGGAAUGUUUCGCUUUGCCUCAGCAAAACUAGGCUUAAGUUAUCGCUCUGCUUUGUCCUGUAAGUUGAGCAGGGUUGCCUUCUAACGCUCCAGAAGCACACAUUCCACGGAGCUUUAAAGAAAGCUUGCUCGUGGUAAAACACGGAGCUUCGUUAAAGUGGUAUCUUAAUUUCCUUAAAUGAUUGCCCACUGCAAAUUAAUUACUGCCUAAUCACCCCAAUUUAGUUCAUUUAAAACAUAUGUCCCAGUCCUUUUUUUUUUUUUCAGCUUUCCAUGAAUGGUUCUGUUAUUGGAUGAGGAGGUAGAUGGAAAGGGGUGAAAUAGGAAAGAUUUUGGGUUUUUUUUUUCGUGUGUGUGUGUGUGUUUGUUUUGUUUUGUUUUGGAAUGAUUAGAACCAUGGUUUCUUCUACGACUCCAUUCUUGUGUUGCUUGUGUCAGAAAUUAUUUCUUUAAGCAAGCUGUUCUAUUUCUUAGGGCUUGCCUGCCUGCCUGGCCAGGGUGCUAUCAUGCAUGCUAAUUGCUGCGUGGUGCUUUAUUAACACAAUCACAAUAUGGAAUGGAAGCUGGCCCUAGCCGGAUUGCUUGGCAUAUAUAUUCCAACCAGCGUGUGAACUUUUGGCGUGAGAAUAACUUCAAAUCAGGAAACAUCUACUAUCUAAAAUGUGGAGAUUAGCCACCCAAACCAGUGUUGUAAUCUAGCAGUGAAAUUUGUCACCUAUUAGCUGCCUUGAUGGGGCACUUUUAAGCAUCAGCAGAUAAGACUUGAAGAUCUCUCUUUAAAGGGGGAAAAAAAUCUCAGUUAGGUAGACAGAACUCACUUAUUAGGCCUGGUCAUUAUAUGGAGCAUGGAAUCAAAGUCUCCGGAUUCAUAUCGCUGAAAAACGCGCCUCAGAGCCACAAGGACAUGUAGCAAGGAGCGAAGGGCCAUAUCUUGAGCUUCUUUUCAUUCCUUGGGCUGGAGUCCAUCCAUUCUUGAAGGUUUUCUGGCUUCCUAUUGCUUUGUUUGGUGCUCAGCACCAAAGCUUGGGGGGUGGGGGAAAAUGUGCAGUAACUGACUUUACAGCCCGUGAGAAGGUCUUUCUCUUAUAUAUAUUUCAGUCCUUUAAAAUAAAUAAAUAAAACUAUUUGCAGUUGCCAUCUGCGACGCUGUGGCUACUGGCUAAUAAUGCAGCCAGUUCAGACAUAUAAAAAAAAAAAGAUUAUCGAAAUGAUGAUGACAUGCAAAUUUCCCCCGAAAUUAUCAUAAGUAAACAUUUGAAGUCUGGACUAAUAAAAUCCCAUCUGUGUUACUUCAUAUCGAGUUAGUAGAAAGCUGUGAUAAUGAAUUUUGUAAUAUCUCCCGAACAGACAUCUCAAUCAGGGACUAAUCCUGUGAUUUUACUGCAGAAUCGCUAAAUCUGGAGCCGCCAAACUGCUACUUCUGGGCCCACGGGCCCACGAGGAUCCGCAGAGUCCCCACCGGGUGCUCACUAGUUGGUGGGGGAACCGCGUACGGGCCCCCCAAUCUCGGAUUCCCCAGGCGUCCACACCGGGAGGCCCCUCCUCCAGGCAGCGCGUCCUUGGCUAGAAUGCCCCUGGAGCUUGGGUAGCUCCAGGAGAGGCUGAGGAGCUUGGAAAUGCACCUCAGGCCAAACUGCGGCCCACCAGCCUGGCAAAGCCGGCUCCCACCUCCAGCCCUAGGCUCUAAGGGAAAGGGACUCUCCGGGUAUCAGGCGCAGCACAGUUAGCAAGACCCAAGAUUCAAGGGCCUGAGAAACCCACCGCCUUCUUCCCUUUCUUGUCUUGAAAGCAACCACUCCAUCUAGCCCUCCGCCACCCACCUCUCUUUGCCUGUGGCAAAGAAAAGGGGCCCCGUCAAAAGCUUGGCCGUCUGAGCUGCGGUUGGAAAUUUGAAAAGGAUCUAGCUUGCCUCGGACGAGAAAGGCAGGAACUGGAGGCGCAGCCUCCCCACUGCUGUUUCUUUGGGCUUGGCGGCCCCUCCAGCAAGGCUUGCCCGGGUCUCCUGUCUCGCUCAGCCCGUUGCGCGUUCUCAGCUCUACGAUCUUAAAUCAUACUUUAGGGUAAAUACAUUGCCGGGUGAGCAUCUCCAGGGAAAAGAGUGGCUAAAUAUGGAAACGCCGCUCCUGGUGGAGGAGAGGCCCUAAUUCAGCUCGCUCUCGGGGCACCUUGUCUUUUCCUUUCAGAAUCACAGAAAACGGAGGGGAAAAGUGGCUUUGUGGAGCCGGGCAAGCUGUUUCUGGCCUUCUGCAAAUGUUUACUGAGCUCAGAUUGACUGACACCGUAUUGAAUGGUGAUCUUUCUGAGGAGAAGUCCCACUUCUAUCCAUCCCCAAAUUGUCUACAAGCUUAAGGUUGCUCCCUGGCCUAGUCGCCCUUGAACGUAGCUCCUCCAGAAGCCCGCGGUUUUAUUGGCCUCCUAACCCCUGGGCCUUUUCCCCCUUUCAACUGGGGACGUAAAAUCCCUCCAGGUAAACAUCGGCGGGAGUCCUGGAUCCGAGGCUGGAAGGAUGCUGCUCCCUCCGCUCCAGGAGAGAAGCCUGCCCAAACGCCAGCCCCUAGCAGGCGGCUAACCGCCCGGAGCUGAUCCUCCUGCUCCGGCCGCAGCACCUCCUCAAAGCCGCGCCUCUGUUCUGUUUUGCAGAUAACGGGGGAUGGAGACCAACUGUCGCAAACUGGUUUCGGCGUGCGUACAACUAGGCGUGCAGCCGGCGGCCGUUGAAUGUCUCUUCUCCAAAGACACCGAAAUCAGAAAGGUCGAGUUCACAGACUCUCCGGAGAGCCGGAAAGAGGCAGCCAGCAGCAAGCCGUUCCCGCGGCAGCAUCCCGGCGCCAAUGAGAAAGAUAAGGGCCAGCAGGGAAAGAAUGAGGACGUGGGCGCCGAGGACCCGUCCAAGAAGAAGCGGCAGCGGCGGCAACGGACUCAUUUCACCAGCCAGCAGCUGCAGGAGCUGGAGGCCACUUUCCAGAGGAACCGCUACCCGGACAUGUCCACUCGCGAGGAAAUCGCCGUGUGGACCAACCUCACGGAAGCCCGAGUCCGGGUCUGGUUCAAGAACCGCCGGGCCAAGUGGAGAAAGCGAGAACGCAACCAGCAGGCCGAGCUGUGCAAGAACGGCUUCGGCCCGCAGUUCAACGGGCUCAUGCAGCCUUACGACGACAUGUACCCCGGCUACUCCUACAACAACUGGGCGGCCAAGGGCCUCACCUCGGCGUCCCUGUCCACCAAGAGCUUCCCCUUCUUCAACUCCAUGAACGUCAACCCCCUGUCCUCCCAGAGCAUGUUCUCCCCGCCCAACUCCAUCUCGUCUAUGAGCAUGACAUCCAGCAUGGUGCCCUCCGCGGUGGCCGGCGUCCCGGGCUCCAGCCUCAACAGCCUGAACAACUUGAACAACCUGAGCAGCCCGUCGCUGAAUUCCGCGGUGCCCACGCCCGCCUGUCCCUACGCGCCGCCGACCCCCCCGUACGUUUACAGGGACACGUGUAACUCGAGCCUGGCCAGCCUGAGACUGAAAGCGAAGCAGCACUCCAGCUUCGGCUACGCCAGCGUGCAGAACCCGGCCUCCAACCUGAGCGCUUGCCAGUACGCCGUCGACCGGCCGGUGUGAGCUGCGCCCGCCGCGCGCGGGAUCCGAGGACUGUCGGCGGUGGGCCGCUCCGCCCCGGAGAGACUGAGAGUUUGUGCGCACUACCGGGAAGGAAGGAAGGAAGGAAGGAAGGGAAGAGGAGGCCGGAGGAAAAGAAACCACUGAAUUCGAACGGGGCGCGCCUCUGGUUUCAAGGGAACGCCCCUGGGUGUCUGACCUCUUUCGCUUAGAAGUGUUUCCAACCGUUGGAGGACUCGUGCACCAACCAAUGUUUGGCUGGAUGUGACAUUUUAACAUUACUAUAAGCUUGUUAUUUUUUAAGUUUAGCAUUGUUAACAUUAAAAAUGACUGAAAGGAUGUAUAUAUAUCGAAAUGUCAAAUUAAUUUUAUAAAAGCGGUGGUUAGUACUAUCACGACAGUGUUUUUAAAGGCUAGGCUUUAAAAUAAAGCAUGUUAUGCAGAAUCGGUUAGGAUUUUCCGCUUGCGAGCAGAAGAAUGUACAUACUAAAUGCCACACUGUAUGUUUCUAACAUAUUAUUAUUAUAAAAAAUGUGUGAAUAUAAGUUUUAGAGUAGUUUCUCUGGUGGAUGCCUUGUUUCUGAAACUGCUAUGUACAACCUACCCUGUGUAUAACAUUUCGUACGAUAUUAUUGUUUUACUUUUCAGCAAAUAUGAAAAAAAUAUGUGUUUUAUUUCUUGGGAGUAAAAUAUACUGCAUACAGACGGGUCUGGAUUCUUUCUCUUUUUCUCUGUCACCUGGCCAGGGUGUCUCAGUCACUGCCUCCUAAACAAACCAGUUUCCUCUGCCUGCCUAGUCAAAUAGAAGAAGGCACUAUUUAAACUCAGUAGAAAUAUAUUCUAGCCAUUCGUCAGAAACUAAAAGGGAAAAGGAAGGGCGCUGGGGUGGUGGGGAGGCUGCAAAUUGUUAUAGGCCUGUUUUGGCCUAAAUCUGUAAGAUGCCAUUGUUGUUAGCGAAUGAUACCAGAGAAAGAAGAAAGGUGAAAGAAAAUUUGCAGUAUGCCAAGCGGCUUGGAAUGAUUCCGAAGCUUACUCAGUCGGGGGGGGGGGGGGAACACACACACACACCUCCAGCGAAAAGUUCUGCAGAAAGAUGGGAAUGUGUUACACGUGUGCAGUUUAUACACAUAAACUUCUUGGAAAGGACACGUCAUAAUAAAUUUACAAGGAAACACCUUCAGUUCAAAAUAUUUAGGCCUCCACGUUUAUCUUUGAGGCUUAAGUAGAGAGAUCCUUCAUUUAUAUUGUAUUACUAUUUCCAAGUCCUUUUGGAGACAUUAGAAGAAACAGACCGUUUCUAAUAACUACAGCCGGCUCAGCGUGUCAAGGAGCCCAGGGGUUGAGGGGUUAGAGUGGAGUUUCCUGAGUCUUGUAGAGCAAUAUGUAGUUGAGGCCAAGGUCACGCUCCCUGUGUUUUGCUUUAAAUAAUAUUGACCCAUUAAUUCUAAACCUGCUUGUUCCUGAAAUUAUACAGGAUUAUAGUUUGCAAACUGCAGGACAAUGAAGCAAAUCAAGAUGAAUUACAGCCCGGGCCCUCCCUCCCAUCCUCUGACAUCCAAACAGGGAAUGAGGUCCAUGUGAGUGUUUGAAAGAACUUCUUUAAGCCCCGGCUCCUCCUUCCAGCCCAGCGUUUCUGCUCCUUUUUGUGAAAUGUGAAAUUUGAUUUCGUAACCAAUAGUAGCAAAUAAGGCUUUACUCCCUAAGACUCCGCGGCCUCGGUGCCUGGAGGGUCACGGGAGGGUGUGCUGAGGUCUUUUGUUAUUCUUGUCCCCCCUCCCCCCUCCCGAGCCCCCCACAGUGUGCUAGGACAAACAGCAGCCAGGGAACUGCUAGUGAAAAGCGGCCUCUGGUUCUUCUGGAGCCGAGAAAAACCGGUGUUUUUACGCUCUAAGUUGCCCUUUAUCUCACCGAAACUUUACCUAGGAGCUCUGGGAGCUCAGACACCGCGGUCUUUGUUCGGCGAGGAUCUGCCGCCGCCGCUUAGGUCGCAGAUAAUAUGCCCGAUUUAAAGAUCGAGCGCUCGGCGGCGGCGCACAUUAACUUCCCUUUCCUUUCCAAGCUCUGCCCCCCGUCCUGGGGCGGGAUCACGCGGCGGUGGGGGUUAGACGGCAGGCCUUUGAACGGGGGUCACCUCCGUCCCCCUUCCCUCGAGAGAGCAAUGGAGAGGAAAGCCGUCACCCAGCGCGGACUUUGCCUCCUGGAACCCGGGAGGGGGACGGGAGGGAGCCGGUCAGUGUCUCGCCACGCUGCGGCGUGGUAGGGGAGGGCUAGGAGGGUGCAAACCGGGUGAAAGAUUUGGGGACCCUGCCUAGAAGCGCGGAGGAGAGUGGCCGGCCUGUUCUGCUUCUCCUGCCGCUCUGACCCAGGGCGCCAUGGGAGCGCUUGUUUGGGGAGGCGAAGCUCGGCCUAGUUUGUUGGCUCAGCUAGGACUCUGUUAGAGGAAAUCAAUCUGCAAAAAAACAGAACAACAAAUGGAAGUCGAGGUUUCGGAAGAGUUAUCACUUCCCCGACUUGAAAGGUUCAGACGGGGGGCGGGGACUUGGGACAGAGGCCUUGUCUCAGCGACCUCAGCCACGUUCUCUGGACUUCCAGUCCGGGGCUCCGUCCAGGAUUCACAGCCAACUCAUCCUCCAGGCAGCACGUCUCUUCCCCCUUGGAGCAGGACAAGCCCAGUCCCCUAGAGGGUGGAGCCCGCCCCCUCACCCCUCCCGCUCCUACCUGGGUCCCCCCUCCUCCAGCCAUCGCCACCUCCAUCACCUCGGUUCCACUCAAUCGAUUUUUUGCUGCAUGUCAACACUUAUUACUGGAAAACUCAUGCAACAAACUACCUGACUGAGCUUGAGACCAGAGUCUGCAUGCAGCUCCUUGAAUAUUUGUUGCCAUCGUCAACAGCUUGACUCGACUCUCCUCAGAAACCCAGCUCAAGCAACUCCCCGAUUCCUGGCUAUAACACAAUGGAUCAUGUAAAUGAGACUCAUAGUGAAAAGUGAGAAGAGGAAGAUAAACGAAUGGAAGAAUUGUCAAACCAACAGAACCCGAAAUUGUUGACUUUCAGAAUUACCAGGCUUUCCAAGAUGGGAUACAAUGCCAAAACAAAGAAGAGGCUUCUAGACCAAAGAGCCAAUGCAGGACUGCCCAACAGUCUUGGUCUGAAAAUGAAGCUGAGGAUAUGACCGUGAAACUCUUCAUUAAAACCUUAGAGAGGUCCAAGGUAAUGCCUCAGAGAACCACUCAGUAAAACAUUGGGUUCUUUCAUUGGCUCCGUGAUUUCAGUAGGAGCCAUGAUUGGAGGAGAAGUAAUGUUGAAAGAUUUUAGUGUGUGUGUGAAUGAAUGAAUGAAAUCUGCCCUAGUAAAACUCACAAGAUACCCAUCGUGUUUCUGUGAGUACGCAAUUGUCAGGAAUGUUGAUAGGCUGUAUGGAAAGGAACAGUCAUGGGGCAGAAAGGAAGGCUUCUGGACUGUCAGAGUUCUUAUAGGUAGGAGCCAGACUUGGAAAAUAAGCUGUAUGUCAUGGAAAAGAUGUUCCUUCCAAAGGGGAAGCAGAAGUCUAAAGAGCCAAGAGUCACAGAGAGAUCGUCAUUUCCAGGCAGCAGGAAUGAGCACGCAUGAAGAACUUCCAGUAUCUGCCCAGCUAGAUUCCAGAAUUUCUGUGAACCAGUGACUCUAGCAUGCCCUGUGUUCACUGUGCUUUGAAUGAGAAUGUGUAUACUGGUUACUGCAAUUCUAGCCUAUUGUUGUGUGUUAUAUAUGUGGAGCAGGGUUGUGUGUGUGUAAGGGGGGAUCUUAUCUCUUCAGUUCUCAGGUCUUCAAGUCAAGAAGCCACACUGACAAAGUUUCCUCUGCAUUUAGACCUGGUUGGUAUGCAAGAUUCUAGACUUUAGGAUGCUCUUGCUAAUGGGAUGAGGCAUUUGGGUGCCUUGAGAGGAUGUAGAUAUUUCCCACAUGGGUGGUGGUGGUGAUAGAGGGGAUAUAGGCUUAACGCUUAUGUGAGUGAGCAAGAUGGCCCCCGAAUACUUUUCCCUCCUCAUGCUCCUGUGUAGCCUUCUCCCACAGUAGAUAAAACUGACCUGUACCACCCAUAAUAUGGAAAAUGGAAAGGACAUUUCCAUUUUGUGGCUUCCGGUGUUAGAGCAUAAAAGAUGCUGUAGCUUCUUCGUUUUCUUCUGUUGGAUCACCUCCUCUGAAGAAAGCCAGUUGUCACGCCAUGUCCUAAGGAUCCGUCAACCGACCUUCAGUCCUGUGAACUCUGUUUGGUAAGGCUCUAAACUAGCAUGAAUCAGAAAGUCAUGUGAGCAAGCUAUCUUAGAAGAAAGCCUCCAGCCCCACACCAGCUCUUGGAUUUUAACUGCAGCUGAGGAUUUUAACUUAGAUUUUAUGAGAGACAUGGAUCCAGAAUCACUCAGCUAAGCUGGGUCCAAAUUCCUAAGCCACAGAAAUCAUGUAAGGUAAUAAAUGUUUGUUGUCAUUUUUAGCUAUUGAGUGUUGAGGUAAUUUGUUAUACAGCAAUAGGUAACUAAUGCAAUGAACUGCACCCUCAGUAUGUGGCUGGAGUAUGACAUAAUUGCUUAAAAAUGUGAAAUGUGUUUUGCCUUCAUCAGUUGAAGACUUCCCAAGUUAUCUAUGGUAACAGUCCAUUUCUAGACCCAAACAUAUGAGAUGUCAUGGAAACGUUGAUUCUUACACUCUGGAAGAUACUGUUCAAAAACACGGAAAGCACCAAGGGACUAUCAGAAUGGUGAAUCCUCAAAAUACAGACUAUACCAACCCCGUAGUCAGUAUGGGGCAGCUGCUGCUACUCCCUUGUGUGUGGUGUGGUUGAGUUUUCACGGCUGGGGAGCUGGCUGCACUAAAUGCAUGGGUGACUCAUAUUGUCAGCGUGCAGUAUGCUCAGUGAUACGCAACCCUGUGGGAGGCUGAGGAUCACGUGUGUAACACGUGGAAUGCUCAUUACAGCCGCUCGUGUUUGCCUCUGAGUAGAUUUAACAGCGGCAUGACCACCUGUGCGUGUUUAAGCCAGCAGUUCAAGUUAGGUGGCAUAGAUGAUUCCCAUGCAUCCCACAUCCUAAAGAACCAAAGGCUGAAAGCGAUAAGGUGGUAGAUUUCAACCAGGCAUGUGGAAUCAUUUUUUUGAUACUUCAGAUCAUCUAGCAAAAUAACGGCUUCCUCACUGAAAGAGUUACAACACGGGCUGAGUUACCACCUGUAAAAUAUGUACACCAAGUAAUCCUCGACUGGAAGUUAAAAAAACUGCCAUAAAGUUGCUUUCUAAUCCAGCCCAUUUGUUUAGUGAAUACAACAACCAGAUUUAUAGGACCUCUUUCACAUCAGGGAAGUGCCACCUUGUGUGACACUGUGGACUUUCGUUAGAUAAUUGGUAUACCUUCGUGUUUCCUAGAUACACGGAUAUCUAGACACACAACAAAGGAUGCUCCCAUUUACCUUGUUAUGUAGAAAAACCUGAAAAGGUGGCUUCUCUAUGAGAGGCGUACUUUCUGAAGCUGAGACUCAUGUUCAUCUUUGUCUUCAUAUUACAGCACAAACCUGUGGUUUAGAAGAACUUAUAAGAUUGAAGAUUAACGUGCAUAUUGGCAAGUCCAAAGAAGGUAGAUGUAGGCCGCUUGGCUCCUCUUGUUUCCCACUGUUGGAGGGCUGUGCAGAGAGUCUUUCAUGUACCAAAGAUGUAAGUGAUAAACUGUCAGUCAGCUAGCCAAUGUCUCCUCAUUACUGAUGACACAGUUGGGAAAAGAAAUGAAUAUUCUCCAUUCUCAAGGUAACAUUCACAGUUCGGGUGUGUGGGGGCCUCAUAUUCUACAGUUUAUUUCUAGUAAAAAAAAAAAAAAAGUAAUUGAAAGGAUGAAUUAACAUCCUUCAUCUUAGAACCAAGCUAGAAAUUAUUGUAAAAUGAUAUUUACAGUUAUAAGACAAGGGUUUAUCUGAAGUACUUGACUGGAUUUGGCUUGAUGUGAUAGUCCUUUAAAGAGAAAUAUAGAAAGAAAACCAUAAGCUUUUUUUUUAAUUUUUUGGCUAAUUGUCUCUGAAGUUAAGAACCUUUUCUAUUUUGCAGUCCAUUAGUUGGAAUUAAUAUUGAUGAAAAUCUAUGACUAUUAUAAAAAUCUUGAUUUGUUAUUGUUAUAUAUUGUUAUUUGAAGAUAAAGAGUCUGAUUGUUGCAAAAUGGUUUUAAAGUUUCAUAUCUAAAUUUCACUGAGAUGUCAGCCACAUUUUUCUAGAAAAUAUGUAUUCAAAUACCAGUCAAAAAUGUGAAUUGUGAAGUAGCUUUUUUUGUUCCGUUGACAUCACUGUUCUGAGCUCUUGCCAAAAGAAGCUGGCCUGUGUAAAAAGCCCAGUUGAUUUCUUGGAGAAAAUCUUAUGUUCAAAUUUCCCCUUUUCCUUCCUUCCCUAGCCCCUUCUCUCUCUUUAUACUUUUUACAAUUCUCUCCUUCAACAUAGGUUUCAGAGAUGGAGCACAGGUCCUGUGGGUUAAUGGCAAGCACUUUAAGCCCCUGAGCCAUCUCACUGCCUCUCAAAUCUUUUCUUACUGCUCUCCCAGGUGAGGUCCUUGGAGUUAUUUUUGGAUCAUCACUACAGAUUAUAGACUAAAAUUUUUAAAAUGUUUAAAAAAUUGUGCAUAAAUGCAUCAGUGUUCUGAAGUGGAUAGUUGCCUUUCAAAUUUGUAGUUACUAUUUGUCAAUAUUGAUGAUGGUUGUUCGAAGUUCUUUUUUGUUUGUUUUUUAGUUGUUUUGGGGGGGCGGUUCAAGACAACAGGGUUUCUUUGGGAUAGACUUGACUGCCCUGAAACUAGCUCUGUAGACCAGGCUGGCCUUGAACUUACAGAGAUCUGUCUGCCUCUGCCUCUGCCUCUGCCUCUGCCUCUGCCUCUGCCUCUGCCUCUGCCUCUGCCUCUGCCUCUGCCUCUGCCUCUGCCUCUGCCUCUGCCUCUGCCUCUGCCUCUGCCUCUGCCUCCUUGAGUGCUGGAAUUACAGGCAUGCGCCACUGUGCCUGGCACCCCUCAUUUUCAAUGUGCCUUACAAAUAAAUUCAGUGUUUCUACAAAAUAAAUUGGUCUGGAUUUAGAACCUGGAAAACUUACAAUAAAAUAAUUAAAAUAAGAACAAGAGUAUUCACAUCAGGCGGUUAUGUAUGCCUACUUCGGAGCAUUAAACCCAACAAAAUAUUAAUAUAUUUUAAUUCUUGUCUUAGAAGAUUAAUGUCCUUUCUUUCUAAAGGCGCUGCUGUUAAAUAUGUCUGAAUGUUUUGUUUUAAGGACACUCUUGUAUAAAUUAAGCACAAUAUUGCCAGAACAGCUUUGAACAGGAGUGUAGAUUUCAUUGCUUUGUACUUAUUUUCAGUCAUAAACACUUGUCCCCAUAAUAUUUAAAGAGAAUGAAGUUUAAAAUGUAAAGUAAAUGGCUUUUAUUUCUCCUACUGUGUCAGAAAGUUAUUUGCAUUAGGAGAAUAUCUUAUUGUUAGUGGCUUGUAGAACCGUUUUAAACAUCACUGUAAGUAAAAUUUUAGGGUCUGAUAGAAGAAAAUUAACUAAUCUGUAAUAUGUAUAAUCCUCAGACCCAAAAUGUUUUAAUCAUGAUUUUUUCCUUUAAGGUUCUAUUUAUACUUUUAAUCAUGGAAUGAAAAGUUGGAAAUCUUACAAUCAGUGCAAUAAAGAGUAUACAUCUCCAUAGGCUGGAAUAUCAUUCCAGAGACUUUGCUAUAUUAUUAAAUUUCAUAAAAGUCUGUGCUUUACUCAGUGUGCAGAACUACAGGAUUAAAUAGUAUUUUACAAGUAGUGAUGUUGCUGUAAAUAAAAUGGGUGUUGGUCUAUUUAUUAUUAUUUGCCCAAUGCAGUAUUAUUUAAUAGGCUGUCACAAUUAAAAAGACACAGACACCUUUUAAAUUUUAUAAUUACCUUAUUUACCUUGGGCUGGCCAUAUAUUUUACCUACAUUGUCUCAAUAACCUCAUUAUUCACCUCCUUGCCCCCAUCCAAUGCCAUCUGCCUUAACCAUUCCUAUCUGGGCUCCCUUCCAUCCAUAAUCUUACAAAUACCUACUCAUAUUCUUCAUAGGGGCCUUUCCAUGCCAUUAUUAGAGUCCUUCCUCCCAGCCCACAUGGUUCCUUCUCUACACUAACCCGUCAUGGAGUCCUCUUUCUUCCUCUCUUCUUGCCCAUCCAUCUGUCUCAUGAUUCUCCUGUUCCCAAAGCCCAGGAACCUUAGCCAUGCCCACCGAAUUCUGCCCUGCCCAGAUUUCAGACCUUUUAAUCAACCAAUGAGGAAUAAUGUCUUAGGCAGGUUUACACAACAAAGAUAGGUGUAUCCACGCAGUAACCAGAUCGUGAGGGUCAGCAAUUAGCAUCAAAAUACAAGCAUCAGACUGACCCCCCAACAUAAGGAGAAAAAAGAGAUUUCACAUGGGCGAGCUGGUGCCAAAGACUUGCCUGUUAGCAGCAGUCUCUCUCUCCAUUCAGAAGAACAGACUCAAAACCAUCAAUGCAUUCAGAUUGUUUUAUUAUCCCCCCUCACCUGGGGUGUGUGUGUGUGUGUGUGUGUGUGUGUGUGUGUGUGUGUGUGUGUAUGUUUAAAUGUUUGGUGACUUGUAGCCCAUCCACAUAUAAAUAAAGAGUUAAAAAAAAAGAUCUGAUAGAUUUGGCAACUCAGAUCUAAAGAAUGCUGCACGGGUCACAAGACUCUGAGAUGUUCCUUAAACUCUCAGUCCUUAUUAAGAUUUCCCAGGGACCAAGAAGAAUAAGAAACGCCACCCCUUUCAGUAAGAGACCUGAAAAAGCUCCUAAAAUCACUGCUAUUUUUUCACAUAAACAUGAUUAAUUACUAGAAAAUAAUUUUACUUUAAAAGAGUCAUUAAAUCGCAAAGAACCAUUAAAUCAUGGGUCUACUGAAGGAGUCCCUAUUACUUCCUUAGAUCCUAGUGGAACUCUGUGUUGGGUGUACAUUCACUGCAUAUGUUUUGGGUGAAUCAGUUCAAGAAUAAAACUAGAUUCUGAGGAUGGACAUGGUGGCAUUUCACCUUAAUCUGAGUACUUGGGAGACAGAGGCAGGUGGAUCUCUGAAUCUGAGGCCAGCCUGGGCUACAGAGUGAUUACAAGGACAGCCAGGGCUACACUGAGAAACCUUGUCUGAGAGGGAAAAAGACAAAAACUAUAAUUUUGGAAAAUGGAACAUCCUUUAUGAAAUUUGGCAUUCGUCCCAUGGUAGCUCAAAUUUCAUUUCACAGGGCAAAAUCUAUACUUUUAAGUGUUAACAGUGAAUAAGUAAUCACAGCUUAACACAGGUAGGCACAGCUGUCGGAAGGCCAUUUAUCAAUCCCAUAUUAACUUUUGCUUAAAACAUACUUUCACGGCUCAAACCCAGGGCAAUGAAGUCUAUCAAACAGUGCACAAACCAAAUGAAUUGUUGAGAUUUAAGUCCCAAACAGCUAAGGAUAAGAGUAUGCAGCAGAGACGGGCAGAGGUCUGAGCACAGGCUGCUCUCAUUGCCUUAUUCAAGUACAUCUGCGUUUGUUCUCAUUUAUAGCAGACACCUGGAAACUAGCCAUGGCUAGCACGAUCGUCGUGGUAGGGCUUUUCCUGGGUUAGAUGCUCCACCGGUUUUAAUUGGCAGCCAUGUCUUACCUAAAAAGUACAGAUGUGUGAACAAGUCAGACACAAUGGCAAUGGGGUUGGGGGUGGGGGGUCCAAUAGAUGGACCUUGGACCUGCUUCUGAAUUGUUUCCAAGCUCUUUUCUCUUCAGGCCUCCAAGGAAAACCUCAUUGCACGUUUCACUCACAAACCCUGCAUAUUUGUUUUCUCAAAUUAUCUUAAAUGUCUAGUAGGUCUACCUUAGGGUUAAUGAGCAUAAGAAUGGCCACCUUCAGGGAGCUCCGGCACUACUCCGCUUGCUGGACUUCUGCGCUGAGCCAUUUAAUAUGUUACAUAAAUGAUGAGGAUGAUUUUGUUGAUGAUAGUGGUCUGGCCUGCUUCUGCAAUAUUAAGUUUUAAUGUUUUCUGUGCUUGAACAUUGAAAAGUUUCUCAUGAUUGAUUAGAGCUGCUUGCUGGCUAUUUCAGAACAUUACUUUUAAAAGCCCUGUGUUGACAAAAUAAUUUAUUACUAAAACUCUCGAGAUUACUCUUGAAACACAAUCAGUACCAUGUGAUUCUGAGAGCUGUGUUCAGUGGACAGUAGGGAAGUAAAGAGGGGAAUUAAGGCAGUUGUCUUAAUAUUUAAAGCCUGUCCCUGUCCAUGAGCCAGAAAGGCUGUGUAACCAACAGCCAGGGUAAAAAUACUUGAAAUUCUCUGGAGCUUUAUUUUCAUUUCUAUUACAAUACCUGAGCAGUAGGGCUUCUACAAAGGGAAGAAAAUGGUUUAACCCUCAAUUUCUGAGUGCAGGCUUGAAAACAAUUUAUUUUAAAUCAAUGGGAAGACAACAUGGAAAUACAAAUAUGUCCAUUUAUGUGAUUAGAUGUGAUGAUUGUAAUAAUAAUAAUAGUGAAAAGAAAGACUAAAUCAAUCAUGAGACUUUCCUUCAAAUUAUACCAUUUGGACAAAGUAGGCAAAGCCAGUUGCCAAGAAUAAAUUCAGUUAAAGCAGCAGAUGGCACAGGGUUACCAUUCCCUGAAUGUUUUCCUGCAUCAAUAGUAAUAGACUAAUUCCAUCAUUUCUCACGUUGUUUUUACACCCAGGUGCUCAGCAAAUAUGAAUUCAUCAUUGCAGCACUCCUGACGAAGGAAAAAAAUUAAUAAACAAAUUACAGCAAAAACUAAAGUGAAAGUUAAUCUGGAAGCACCUGUGUAAGACACGCGGAGAAAUUAAAUUGCAUGUUUAUAUUAAUUAUGCAGAGAAAGGUAGCAGCGUUCUAUUCUUCACCCAGAACAAAAGAAUUUGUUAGGAGAAGGGUUUCAGUGGGAGAGGACUGGGUGGCAGAGGGCCAUGGGGGAUUGCCAAAUAAUAACCAAGGCUCAUUCUUUAGGUGUGUGAAGUUGUCAAACAAAGAGUAGAGAUCAUCAGGGAACUUCCCUGAGGGUCAUCCUUUCAAAACAGUGUCAGUAUGUCAGAAAGGUAUUUUUCUCAAUCCAUAUGCCUGCAUUUCUCUUCCCUCGAGUGUGUCACCCCAAACCAUGGCUUCUCGCCGGUUCUAAAAUUGAAAAUGAAGGAACAAAUAAAAUGCUCUUCCUCAUCGCUCAACAAGGGCUGCCCGAGCUUCCUCAGGAAGCUGGAAGAGGGUCCAGCGACAUUUGUUUCCAUAGAGGACGGUACCAGGAAACUGAAACCACGUUAGGAGACAGGAAAGUGUCCCACCUCCUCUGGCCUCUGGAUUCCUCCGAACCGCUUCCUUAGGGAAGGGAUGCGCAGCCGCAGUCCUCCAUCUCCUUGCAAUGGUCCAUUUCGCCCCUAGUCUUGCUCCCUGGACCGUGGGGGUGCCGGCGCAGCGCCAUCCCGGGUGCAUUUUAGCUUUGCCCCGCGCUUUUCCCGGCCUUGUGCCUGUGCAGUGUCCUCCCUGAGAGAGGGAUGGGACGGAGCCCGGAGGGGAGACCCCUUCUGACACCCCCCCCCACACACACACCCUAGAGCCCUCGUGAACAUCCGACCAGAAGAAGCUCUCUUUACUACGGGUUUCUUCAGUAGAGAAGGAGACAGUAAACACUAGGCUGGCCCCUUCCUCCCUGAGUUUCUCCUACAAAAACUUCAAGGAGACAGAAAGGCACUGGAGGAGAGGGCUUCGUGUUAAAGACGGUCAAGUCCGUCUGUCUUCGUGCAGUCUUUGUUCCUUAAAGUAAAACAGUCGUUCACCACGCUUCAGCUUAGAGACCACAGGGUCCGCCUCCAUCUGUAACGCAUUGGGAGCUUUGGCACUGCGCGCACAAAUCCAAACAGAAGUAAGUAUUAAGGACAGUCGAAUGUGUAGCUGCCAAGACUGCUGAGCUGUUUUGGCUCAGCGCUUGCUCAGUAGUAAAAGAAGUAGACUGCUUUUGGGUUUGGCAAGGUCACUGUAAAGUCCUUAAUCUGCCACUAGAGGCUGCUCUGAAGUCUUAAUACAAGGGCUAACGUAGGAGGAAGAGACCCUCCCUCCCCCAGCUAGGACCUGAAAGAGUCUGGAAGUGGUGCUAGUUUGCAGUUCACACGGCAAUGUUUCGCCCCCGCAGACAGCCUUCCGUUUUUCCUUUCUUUCUUCCCCUUCCUCCCUCCCUCCCUCCCUCCCUCCCUACCCCUCUCCCCUCCCCUGCUGUCUUUCUUCCUCCUUUCUUUAGUUCGUACCAGCGAUUAAUUCUUACUUUUGCUUUAGUGCGUCUGUAUUCCAAAGUAGUGUAGUAUAUGUACCUGGAAUGUCUGUGUCCUCUAUUGCUAAGUUUUCAUUGUGCUGUUAGAAAGAAACCCUCUUGCGUAAGAGGCAGAGUUCACGAUCGAGACGCACCGUGUCUGUAGCUUUUCUUACAAACCAUUCCCGUGGAUUAAAUGGCGGCUCUUUACCGCAGUCCCCUUUUAGUAAUAUAAGGAGUAUUGAGAAAGGAUUUCUUUUUUUUCGAAAGCCAUGAUAUAAUUAGAUCUCAAACAAGCAAACGCCAGAUGACACAAGGUCAAGAUUUAUGAAGAGUUUCGGGAGCUGAUGGCGACGUCCGCCUCUUAUUAAAAGCAUAUUGCGUUCUGACAAGUGAGACCCACCCCUCCGUGUCAGAUGGCAAACUGCUAACCGAGCACGUGAGACUUACACGUGCACCGUUUUCAGAUGUGUCUGUUUUAUGUGUGUGAGCGUUUGCUUUGCCUGUGUAUGACUGUGCAUCGUUUGUGUGUCUAAUGCCUGCAGAGGCUGGGAGAGAGUGUCAGAUCCCCUGUAACUGGCGAGAAAGAGGAUUGUGAGACGCCAAGUGGGUGCUGGGAACCAAGUUUAGGUAGGUCCUCUGCAAGCUGCCUGGCUCUUAACCACUGAGCUGCCUCUGAAGCCCUGUGCUAGAUGUUUUCUGUGCCUGGAUUUAAUGUUUAUGACAGUCUAAUAAAACAUAUCAUAAUCUGUUUGGUAAAAAUCAUUUGCAUGUGUGUGUAUGGGGUGUUAAAGAGCUGUGUACUUUAGUUAGGUGUGAUGGUGCAUUUCUUUAAUCCUGCCAUGCAUUUGGGAGGCAGAGGCAGGCAGAUGUUUUUGAGGCUAGCCUGAUCUACAUAGCAAGUUCCAGGACACCCAGGACUGUAGAGAGAUACCCUGUUAUAAGAAAGAAAGAAAAAGAAAGGAAGAAAUGAAGGAAGGAAGGAAGGAGAAGGAAGGAAGGAAGGAAGGAAGGAAGGAAGGAAGGAAGGAAGGAAGGAAGGAAGGAAGGAAAAAGAAAACUACACACUUGCAUAGAUCACUUACAGCCUCCUUAGUGCCCAUCCUUCUGGGCUUGGAUCCUGAAAUACUGAUUAGGGGAACUGAGAGAAAGAAGGAAGGACAGAAACACAGAUACCUAUACAAUGAACCUAGGAUCGGAUGGGAUUCUCCAAAUGUUACCCCUGCAACCUGGAACUUCAGCAUAUUUAUUAUUUUCAGCGUGGGGGAAGAGCUAGCCAGUCUUGGUAGGAGGCGUCCAUAGGCAAUCGUUUGAAGCUGCGAACAUCUGGGAGGAGGGUGUGUUUUUCUGUUUACAUCUGUGUGUGCAGAGGCCAGAAGAGGGCAUUGGAUGUGCUCUCCUAUUACUCUCCGCCUAUUUCUUUGAGGCACGAUCUCUCCUUAAGUCUGAGGCUCAUGUUUUCUUGGCCAAGCUGGAAGCCAGCAAGUCACAACAAUCCUCCUGUCCCUGAAUCUCUCAGAGCUGGGAUUGUCGGUGUGGAUGGAGUGCCCUGUUUGUUACAUGGGUACUUGUACUUGAACUCCUGUCCUCGUGGCUUCACAGAAAGCACUGCUAUCCACUGAGUUAACUCUCCAGAUCCAGGUGCCCUAUGUUUAAGGACACCAUAGGAACUAGGAAUUAACUCACUACUAAUACUUGUGGAGAAAUUUUUAAAAGGAGAAAUUUUCCCAGAGAGUUUCCUAGGGACUCACAGCAUUUGUACCAAUAGUCUAGAAAACUUGAAAAAAGAAAACAAACAAAGAAACAAACAAAAAUCCAAUUUACUGUCUAUAAAAAGCCUGAAUACCACUCUAGUUGUUGAGUUUUCUUUAUGGAUAGCUAUACCCUUGCACUAAUACUUUAUAAUGUCUUUGUCCUGUUACUGUCAGGUUUGUAAAGGACUAGAAGCUACCAAAACAAAGGCUGUCAUUUAGAUAUGAAGAGUUUUCCCACAAAGGCCCAAAUAUAAAUGCUUGACAGGCAGAGAGUAAAUGCUAGGAAUUCCUGAGGGCUUUAUCUUCACUUGUGGAUUCAUCCAUUAACUGAUUCAGUAUUUGAUUGCUUUCCUGGGAGAUGAAUCCUACUCAGAAGAAACAGGUCACAGUGGGGCAGGCCUUUCAAGAAUAUCUUGCCCCUUCUCCCACACCCUCCUCCUGUCCACUCUGCAGUAAGCCACUUCAUAUUUUAUAGCACAUAACAUUCUAUUUCACCAUGCAUGGAAACAUGGUCUGAAACCAUAAAUCAAAAUAAGUAUUUCCGAGUCCAGGACAGGCAAGCUACACAGAGAAACCCUGUCUCAAAAACACACAUACACAAAAAGUACUUCUUCCUUUUAAAUUAUUUCAUUUGCGGAUUUUGUCAUAGCAAUAAAAGUCUGAGUAGCCUAGAAAUUUGGCAUGGUCAAGUGGGGACACUGCUGAGACUACAAGAUCAUCAAGGGUUCAAAGUCUUUGCUAAUGGUUUGUGGGAGGAAUUUGGAAAACGUUGGAGGUGUGGACUAGUGGAGCCCUAGAAUGCUGUAAUCAGAGCUAAGAAGACAGUUCUGAUGGAUUUUUCAGAAGACCAGAAGGCCAACAGGAAUAGAGACAGUGAAAACGGUACUCAUGAAGUUUUGAUGAGGAUAAAGACUGUUGGGAGCUAAGUUAGGAGCCAUGCAUGUUGUGUUGUGUCAAAUAAUUUGUCUAAAUUGUCUUGGUGCUCUAAGACUGUUUGGGAGACUGAGCUUCAAGAUGUGAUCAUCAGCUGGGUUUGGCGGCACAUGCCUUUAAUCCCAACACUUUCGUAAAAGGCAGAGGGAGAGCUCUGACUCCGAGACCCAGUCUGGUUCACAUACCAAGUUCCAGGACCACUGGUGUUACACAGAGCCCUUCCCUCGAAGGAAAAAAAGGAGAGGGAGGGGGAAGGGGCACUACGGUCAUCUGUGGAAUGUAUUCGGAGAUAGCCCAGCAUUCGGGAUGUUGCAUGAUUAUACUUAGUUGUUCUACCCAGGUUUAAAAUGAGAACUGGGAGCAAAAAUUAAAGCAGAAAAGUCUGAAGAAUAUGUCCAUCUCAAGGAUAUUAAAGAAUAAAGUCACUGAAAGACUUUCCCUUGAGAAUAGAAUGUCUCUUGGGUACCCAGCUUGAAUGGUCAUGCCUAAGAAGUUGUUUCCUCAGGAUUCAUUUCACCAUGUUCAGCUGCCUGGGUAUUCAGAGGUCAUGAAAGCCAUGAUUCAAGUAAAGCUAUUUAUUGCUGGAGCUGAUGAUAGAUCUUGUCAUUAUUCAUGCGAUACUAACUUUGUUGAUAUGAAGAACUCAAAAGUUGUGGGGUCAUGCGGACUUCCACCUAGUUUUCAAAGGAAGGACAGGCAGUGUAUGUCAAGGCCAGGAUUCCUUUGAGUAGCCCAAAAAGGGUGACCCAGGAAAUGAUUAGAAUUAAGACAAAGAUAGAAUGGAGACCUUAGGAAAUAGAAAUGCCAGGGAUGUGGACUGUCUGCCAAGGAAAACAUAGCCAGGGAGAAGAAAAGUGUAAGAGAAAACCUGGAGUGGUAGAGCUGUCAAGUCCUUUGAAGCAAACAUCAUGCUACUGUGUGCUCCAGGUACUAGACUGUAGGAUUUAAUGUUUGUCCCUUUGUGUUUUAGCCUGGCUUUGAUCUCAUCUUUCUUUUUCAUAAUCUAGUAGUUCCCUUUUGGAAUGAGAACACUUUCUCUUUGACAGCAUACUUUGGGUGUAUAUAAUUUUUUUAAUUUUACAGAGACUCACAGCUUAGAACCUCACUUGAGUCUUGACAGAGACCUUGUAUUUGGAUGUUAAAACAAUAUUGGAAUCGUUUACGUUUGGGGUCUCUUGGAGAAAUAAUAGACACAUUUCUGCAUUGAGAUGGACAUACAUGAACCUUGGGAGAAAUUUUACAAUUUGGAUAUGAAAUGGUCCCCAACGGGCCAAGUGCUCAAGGCUUGGAUGCUAGCUGGUGGGAUUUGGCAAGUAUUCAGACCACAUAGGCACCACCCAUCAUCAGUAUCCAUCACAAAGAGAUUGACUUUAUGCUAUCAGCUCUGACAUUCUGCCUUGCCAUGCUUGGAACCAGAAGCAAUGGAGCCAAGUGGUUGGACACUGAGACCUCUGUAAUCAUGAGCCAAAAUAAACCUUUCUUCCUGUUAAAUUAGUCCCCUCAGGUAUUUUGUUACAGCUCUUUAAUCUUUGGUUAACAUAAAAGAUGUAACUCAAACAUGUCUAAAGACAUGACUUGUAAAAGCAUACACAUUAGGUGGUGUAAAGCGUACAUAUUGGUCAUAUUUAAGCAGUGCUCCUUUGUGGCACCCAAAUAAAGUACCUCUUCCCUUUAAUACCAAGAUGAAAAAUAAAAAAUAUCCAUGUAAAAAUCUUAGCUUAGAAAUCAAGACCAAGAUGGAGGACAGGGGCUGGAGAGAUGGUUCAGCAGUUAAAAGUGCUGAAAGCUCUUCCACAGGACCUGGGUUCAAUUCACAGCACCCACAUGGUGGUAGGUAACUGUCUGUCUGUAACUCCAAGAUCUGAAACAUACAGACAUACAGGCAGGCAAAACACCAAUGCCCAUAAAACUAAAAUAAAUAAAUUAUUAUUAAAAGAAGUAGGAUAUUUCCUGGGGUGCAGUAAUUUGAAGCAUGAAGUUAGUGUGUUAAGUUUAAAGAUCAGAUUCUAGUUGAACACUAGGUCUCAGCCAUAUAAACCCAGGCUAACUGUUCUAAAUGAUGUAGAUCUCAUGAUAUUCUGUUCCGCUUUAAUUUUGUGAGUGCACAUUUGGUUUCAAAGUUUAAGCUAAACUUUGAUAUUUUAUGUGCAAUUAUUGACUAACUGUGGUUAGAUUUAGAGUAUAGUUUAUCAUUUACAUUUAAAAGAAAGACGAAAAUCACAGCCUUUUAAUUAUCUCAAAUUAUGGCCCUGUCAGUCUAUUAGAUGCUUUGUCUAAACUUUUAUGGUUUCCUUCUCGAUAAACCUCAAGUUGGAAUGUUUUGAAAAGUUGGAACAUUAUUUCUCAUUAUAAUUUGAGUAGAUAUUUUACAAAACCAUACAUUUAUUUGAGCCUUUAUUGAUCCCUAGAUCUGGACCUUUAACUCCUUGGGUGAGAAUCAGUCACGCUGUUCAGGCAUAAUCAUUGUUACUAUUUUAACACAAGAUCCUCCAAUUAGAGUACAUAUUCAAUUGAUUUGGAAGUGUUAAUUGCAAAGAUUAUUGACUAAAAUUAUAGAUUACAUAUUGCUUUAUCGAGAGUUGUUUAUCAAGUUAUUUAGUUUCUUUAUUCUAAGGGGAAAUGGCCAAGGAGGAAGCUUAACCAUGUUUGUGCAAAGCUUUUUACAAAAUUGAAGUCCUCUUCUGUGUCCUAUAAUUUGGGGGAAUUUACUAAUUGUUCUGUGCAUUAGAGCAAAUGGAUGCAGAAUUAUUUAUGUGGGACUUCCUUAUCUUUGCACAACUUUUAGACUGAUUUCUAUCUAGUCAGCUGCCUUUGAACUUUCAUAAGUAUUUGCCAACAUGGCUUCUAUUUCAUCAAGUUAUUAAAGUAACAGAGGAAAAUAUCUGUAUUCAAAGUCACUCUGGUUUCAUAAAACUGGCAAAACUACCACUAAAAUAACAUUAUAGCAAGACUUUUCUGAAGAAUAUAUUUUGUUCAUUUUGAUAUUUUGAAUUUGGCUUUACAUUAGUCAGUUAUCAGUUAACUCUGUAUUUGCAUACUGUAACUUUGACUUUCUGUACAAUAAUUGUUUCAAUAAUUCACCACUGACUUUAGAUCACUUACCUCAGGAAAUGUAGUUUUAGCAGACCAGUGAGAUCAAAGCCCUAUUAGGAUGGGAUCAGAGUGAGAUUUUUAGGUGAGUGUCAACAACUCAUUAGAGAAAAUGUUUGGUAAAGAUACAGCAAGACCUGGAAAGGAUCUUCAAGAAAACACUGCUGUUUUAUUUUUCAUUUUGGAAGAAAAAUGAUACAUUUCUCUACCGAUACAAAGGGAAGAAAAAAAUCAAACACUGAUGAUUUAAGAGAGAGAAUGCCUUGUAGAGUGGAAUAAUGAUGGCGUCCAGCACACAUUGCCCGUGCACUUGAAAAGGCACUGGCCUGUCACUAGUGUAAGCCUGUCACUCUGCCACUGUCCUCCUUCACUAACUUUCCUUUUGACACAGUAAAUAUAGUGGUCGCCAGGCACAGUGGCACACGCCUGUAAUCCCAGCUCUCCGAAAGGCAGAGGUAGAGGUGGGCAGAUAUCUGUGAUUUUGAGUCCAACCUGGUACAAAGCGAGUCCAGGACAGCCAAGGCUACACGGAGAAACCCUGUCUUGAAAAACCAAAAACCAAAAUAAAAAAAAAAAGAAAGAGAAAGGAAGAAAGAGAGAAAAAGAAAGAAAGAAAGAAAGAAAGAAAGAAAGAAAGAAAGAAAGAAAGAAAGAAAGAAAGAAAGAAAGAAAGAAAGAAAGAAAGAAAUUGGUCAAAUGAGAAAACUGAAAGAGGACAUUCUAACUGAAGGUUAGCCAAGACAUUCUGGGAAAAUAAGAAAAGAGUUAUUAUUUCACCACCACCCCCCACCCCACUCCUGCUAAAAAAACUAUAUUGCACACAUCUUUAUCCCUAGACUUGAUGCCAGAUAAGAACAGUAGAAGAUCAUGUUCGUUUACUUGGAUAACUGUGUACAUUCCAGAAGACUGUGGAUUCGGGGAAAUACAACCUGGCUUUGCAACUGACAACCUUUCUCUUUCUCACUGAAAAGUUAACAUUGUAGAAUUAAAAAAAAAAAAAUGGUACCUGUCAUUAAAAUAAAAAUUCUCCCUGGGCAUUUCAAAAUACUUGAUUUAAUAUGACACAUGGCUAAAUGAAUGAAUCAGCUAGUCCUUUAGGCUAUGUGCUGUCUUGCUUCACUGUGUUUUCCUUCUGCCUUCCUGUGCUCUGUUUACUAGUUCAGAGGAGGAAAGUUCCUUCUUUUGUUUUUCCAAGGAAUUUCAAUGAUCGACAGACUCUGCUUUAGUGAUAACAUUGCUCUCAGCUGUCGGUCCCCGCCCCCUCUGUUAUGGCUGGGACCUUGAAAUGCUCCCCACAGACUCAUGUGCUGAAAGCUUGGUCCUAUGCUAUUGAGAGGACGCAGAAACUUCUCGAAGUGGGACUCAGUUGGAGGAGGUAGCCCCCUGGGACAUGCCCUUGAAGAGGAUCUUGGGACCCUGGCCAUCUUCCCCGAACUUUGCUAACCUGACCACAAUGAGGUAAGCAGCCUCCUCUGCCAUGCCUUUCUGCCUUGCUGUUAUGCCUUCCACUGGCUCCCAAACAACCAGGCCAGAUGGACAGAAACAGGGAGUCGAGAUAAAUCACCUUUUAAGUAGAUUUUUUUUAAAAACUUUACUGUCAAAGCAGUGGAAGGCAAAUCAACAAACUAGCUCUCUUGGUUUUCAAAUAGAAGGGGGAAAAUGGCUGUGUUUUUCCUAAUAGGAAACAAAUUAUUGGAAAAUAAAAUGAUUCAUCAUAUUCACAUACUGAUAUAUGGUGAUAAUUAUAAGUGUUCUUAGCUUCCUUUUAUUCUCUCCUGUCCCCCCCCUUCCAUUCUUCCUCCCUUCAAUGCUUAUUGUCCCUUUCUUUUAGCCUCCAGAUUUUUUCUAUAGUAUUUGUCAUGUGUGUGUGUGUGUGCAUGUGUGUGUAUGCUUUUUACCCCUGAUGGGAAAAUAAUAGUCUUGCUUUUCACUGAAAUUUAUGUAGAGAUUUACAGGUUUACAUACAGAAUAAUGUGACCAGGCUCUGGCUAAAUUAUAGUCUACUUCAUGCCUGUGUUAUCUUUUGUUUAUUAAUUAAUGAGCAUUUGGGAUAAUAUCCACUUUUUGGCUAUUUUGAGUAAUGCUUCAAUGAAUACUGAUGUAUAAGAGUUUGGCCAGGUAGUGGUAGCACACAUUUUUAAUCACAGCAUUCAGGAGGCAGAGGCAAAGGCAGGCAAACCUAUGUGAGUUCAAGGACAGCCUGCUCUACAGAGGGAGUUCCAGGACAGCCAAGGCUACACAAGAAAACUUUGACUUGAAAACCAAAAAAACAACAAAAAAAGGAGUUUUUGCCUGAGUAUGAACACUUUUUCCUGGAGCUAUUCCUAGGAAUAAAAUUCCUGUCAUUUGGUGACUUUACAGUUACAUUUGCAGAGUUGGAAAGUCAGUGUUGAAGCCUUCUCAGGGAUGACGAUCAAUAAAUAGACGUAUCAUGGUACAGAAGUCAAACAUUGCUCUGGUUCUUUUUCCCUUUACACAGGGAGAAAUCGUUGUUCCACAGUUUUCAAAUGCUCCUGUGUUCAUUACUUUCUUAUUGCUGUUAUCAAACACCAUGACCAAGGAAGGUAACUUGUAGAAGAAAACGUUUAUUUGGGUUUACUGUUCCAGGGGGUUAGAGUCCGAGAUGGUUGUGAAGGCAGCAGGCCACAGCCGUGACGGCUGGAGCAGCAGCUGAGGGCUCACAUCUCGAACCACAAGCAUAAGGCAGAAAGAGGAAACUGAAAAUGGCCUGAGUCUCUAAACUCUCAAAGCCUGCCUCCAAUGACACCCCAGCUCCAACAAGACCACACCUUCUAAGCUUUCCCAGAUGGUACCAACAACUGAAGACCAAGUCUCCAAACGCCUGAGAAGAUGUGACGUUUUUCAUUCAAACCACCAUGGCUCCCUCAUUCUAAAACUUAUUAGAACUGAAGUAGAAUAUUUGUGUGUGUGUGUGGGGGGGGGUGUUCCCCCUGGUCAUCAGUUUAUACCAGACAAGGGAUCUACUUGCAACCUUUAUGUGCCAAGAACAAUGAGCAGCAAGCACCAAGUCAGUAUAAAUACAAAAUAAAAUAAAAUUUCAUGAUUUUAAUUUGUGUCUUUCAGGAUCAGAAAUACUCUACGUUAUCCAAGCAGAAAAGAAUUUAAUAGGGCUGGAGAGAUGUCUCAGAGAUCAAGAGCACUGGCUGCUCUUCCAGAGGUUCUGAGUUCAAUUCCUAGGAGCCACACGGUGGCUCAUGACCAUCGAUAAGGAGAUCUGGUACUGUCUUCUGGCCUGCAAGCCUCCCUGCAGGCAGAACAGUGUAUACAUAAUAAAUAAAUAAAUCUUUAAAAAAAAUUAAUAAAGAAAAUGAAGAUGUUGUCUGUUGUUAAAGGGACUUGGACAGAACGCAGAGGUGAGUGCUAGGCCCCUUGUUUUAAGAAGGCACAUCCAUGUCUUUUUGAUCUAGAAAUAAAAACAACCAAUAUUACCCUCAAGUGGGGCGGUGAGAGUUCAGAGGUCACCAGAUCAUAUCUGUCCUUGACAAUCCCUUCUCCUCACUCCCUUGGAAAGAGUGGCUCGUUCACUGAUUGUCUUCCAAGCUUCACACAAGUGCACAUCAAACCAUGGAGCCCAACCUGUGUGAAGACUCAGAAGUGUGAGGCCGUGGUGCCAGCCCUGCAGAGCAGGUUAGGAUAUUGUGGUGUUUGAAAGGGUGACCCAGUGAUAACGGACAAUAUCUAACCAAAUCUUGAAAGGACACACUCUCAGUUGCCAUGAGGGCAUAAGUAUUUUACAUGUAUCUGUGGCAAUUUAAUAUCUAGGCAUGUUCCAAAGGAGCGCAAGGACAGAACAGCGGGUUCUGAAGCCAGUCAGCGUCUUUUCUGACACAUUUGCCUCAUCCUCU